UAAAGAUAGAACACUCUGUCUGUGAAUCAAUUCCAAGAAUCGCCAACUCAUCAUGAUUCCGUUUGCAAAAAUACACCGAAUACCUACGCGUCCAAUCGAAUUAACAAUGCCUAUUGCCCAUCAUUGCCAAAACCACCACAGGUACCUUUAGGUAGCCGAGCCGACUGAUACGAAAAACACCAAGGCCAAACCAAAAGACAUAUCUCUUUCGCAGAUCGAAAAGUUGUGCGUGCUCAGGCCUCUUCAACAUUCUUCCCGUCUGCCUUUCCUAAAACUGGCAUAAAGCAACUGAAAUUAUUAGAACAAAUGAACGUGCAAAAUCAGUGGCGGGCGAUUCAGCGUGGCGUGCAGUUCGAUCGUGGCAAAGCAAGGCGCGGAGGAAACGUCAGAAAAAUCGAAUUUCCAUGACGGCAGUCGAGGCUGAGGCGGCGCGGCGGCAACACCGCCGAGACAGCGCCCGCGCGCGGGCCCUAGCACCGCACUGUACGCGCCGCACGCCGACGCAGCUCGCUCACAUACAACUUUCAAAAACGACCAGUACCCAGUGCUCAAAGUGUUCUAACCCAAAAUCAAAUGGUACAUGGUGGGCUAAUUAAGGAUUAUGGGUUUGGCUGCGACCCGAACACGGGUCACUUUGUCGCCCGACCGCAUAAAUUCGUGCUCGUUUGUUUCUUUAUUAAAAGUGUGUAUUUUGAGGAGAGUCCAGUAUGUUCUUCGGAAAAGUGUUGAUGAUUAAAGUGACAAAAGUGGGCCGGCCAUGAAACAGCGACACCUAACGUCGAGUAGCGUCCGAUGGAUGGUUUCCAAGAGCCAGAGACUGCGACUAGAUGUGCGGAACGAAACAUGAAAGGCAGUGAAUAAACAAACAGUUGACUGUUCAAUACUAAACGCCAAAUUGCGCUUGCUUCCAUUAAUUUUCUCACGUUAAACAUAUCGGUAUUUUAAGAUAAGGACCACUAUCGUAACUAAAUCGUUCAAUUAGCUAUACUACUUAAUAUAGUUUUGCCUUUCUCGUGCCUAUCUUUAUCCAAUUCUAAAGCGUUCUAAGUGAGAAAUCGGAAUAAAUUAUUCUGUGAUGGAACUAUAAGAGUGAUAUCGACGUUCGAAGUGUAAAUAAGUAGAUCUUUCUUAAUCUAUUUAUAUUUAAAAAAGUAAACUAAAUUAGAAGAGAAUAGCAUAGACGCGCUAGUCGUAGAUUUAAUAAACUUGCUCGAGAUUAAUUCAAUAAUUUAAAUAAACUUAAACUAAGUGAACAUUACAAAGCAAUAAAACAAGUGAAGUGUGAAUCCGUGCGUCUAAAAGCCGUUGGCUAAAUUUUCUGCUCUCGCGCACCGUAGCCACAAAACUGGCAGGUAUGCAGGCAGCUCUUAUGCUAAGAAGCAAAUCGCGGGAGAGAAGAAAACAGCGUCUCAAGAGAGGGAUCAAGCAUGACCUGCCGAGUAACAUUGCUACCAAGUCCAUCGCUCCUUUCCCGAGAUAUCCACCGGCGUCAUGGUGCGCAGCCGGGCGUGCGGCAUGGCAGGAGGCGGCGGCACUGUCAGUGGGCGGCGGCGGCGCGGGCGCGGGCGGCGCGGCGCGUCGCUGCUCCGUGCUCGGCGACCACCCCGGCGCGCGCCGCGACCAGCGCGGGAAGUGGCACAGGAACAACCGGGUGAGAACACUAUACAGCAUGUAUCAGAACGAAAGGCAAAGAAAGAGACCCAUGGCAGAAGGCGGCGGCACUGUCGGUGGGCGGGGGCGACGCGGGCGCGGGCGGCGCGGCGCGUCGCUGCUCCGUGCUCGGCGACCACCCCGGCGCGCCCCGCGACCAGCGCGGCAAGUGGCACAGGAACAACCGGUUUAUAAUGUAUUCUGUGAUUUGUGUUUUCAGGUUCGAGACGCAUCAUAUGGCUCGUCAUCGGACUCUGACGGCGAGGCCGAGGGAGGCCACGGAGAGCCUUGGGGCGUCGCGCGGUUGCUGUACGCAGGCCUCGGGACGCUCGCUGUCGGCCUCGUCGUCUAUUUCGUCGGCACUGGUGACAAGGGGUUCAAAACGCCGGCUCUGCGGCUGGUGGGUCCAUCGCUCAUCAUCGCCGGUCUGGCGUGUUGCCUGUUGCGAAUCGCCUUCUGUAUAUUCGCCAAGCCGUGCUGCCGACGGCGGACCAACUACAAGGAGAGCAGAAGACUGUCCGGGGGAGAAGGCGAGGAGAUGCCGCUGGCGGGCGGCGCGAGCGCGCGGGCGGGCCCGGCGCAGUGCUCGCCCGCGCGUCGGCUGGACGCGUCCUCCUGCGACGUGUCCAGCCUGUCCAGCGGCGAGGAGGACGAGAGGCUGCGCCGGUAUCGUACUGCGGCUGCCCCGCCGCCGGUGCCGCACGCGCCGCCCGCGCCGCUCCCGCCGGCCCCUCCCCCCGUCACCGCGCAGCCCGCGCCCCCCUCCCGCCGCCCGCCGCCGCGAAACGUCUCCUUCGCCGGUCCCAACAACGAGGGCGAGCUCGUACUCAGCCCCGCUCAGCUGCGAUCCUAGCCCAGCAAUAAACGUGACUCUAACGACGUGAAGUGAACUUUCUAUUCCAUUAAGCUACGAAUUGUUGAUUAUUUGCACGUUUGAAUAUAUUAUUGCAAGCUCCUAUCUAUAAUCGUAACUAAUUGUAAGUCUGUUUUGCUAGUUUUUAUUUGAAUAGGUAUAGUGUCUGGUUUGAUUUGAACAUUUUAGCGAUAUGGUAUGAAAUACUAACUAUACGCCAAACACAUUAGGUGCGUAUGCAGCACAGCACGCAACGCAACUAUGGACGACUGAUAUAUAACUUCACGCAUUACAAUUAACUGGCGGUGUAAGUACUUACCUAUCUCCAUGUCAACACAGCGAGGCAACGCCCGUGCCGCAUUACGAAUCUGG